AUCAAAUCUGGAGAUGGAGGGAGACCAUGAUGAUCAAGUGCCUGCCGGAGGAGAACCGCCGAUGCCAAUUUCAGCGUCGGAUCAACAGGUGGGUGGGGGAGAACCGGCUCCGGCUCGUCUGCCGUGGGAGGUUUCUGAUGACGAGGACAGCGUGGUGGAGAUAGGAUCCGACAUCGAUGCGUUGUAAGUUUUGCUGUUGUUUGGUUUUGCGGUUCAUCAUUUGAUUUGAGAGUAUGUUUUUUUGGGUUUGUAGGUGGUCCGAGGAUGAGGACCAUGUUGAUCCUGAACGAGAACGAAUCAUGAAGAACCAAGUCACCCGUGCUGGAACAGCGGGUCUGAAAUACUACAAUGAGAUGAAUGAGGGCUCAAACUUUGAGCUGGAUGAACCCAUCUUCAGCAAGUGUUUUCUGUUUCCUGGUACCCUUAUCGUCCACGCCAUCUUUACUGCCAAGUCUGUCAAUGUAAUUGAUGGUUCGUCCUCCGCCGCCGGGCAAUACAACCCUUCUGACAUUCGAUUGUUUUUCGCUGAGACUGAGUCAAUCUACGGGGAAGGUUAUAGUGUUCUUUGCUGUGUUCCCAUUGACUUCUCUAGAACAGAUAAUGGCAAGGGCUGUGUUUACUGCCCGUGGAGACUAGGAGGGAAAUUGCGUUUCCACCAUCCUCCUAAGGGAGUUUGCAAGUUUGGCGAAAGUGAGAAGAAGGACCAUGAAAGAUUUGAAUAUGAUGAGUGGACCUCAACCUCGGAAGAGGAAGAG